AUGAAGCAUAGGACAGGGACACUUAUCUGUCUUGUAGUAAUUAUAUUUACCGUAAUUGGAAUCUCAAUUUAUCGAUCCAAUCGUCUGCCAUCACCAGGUAUCAUGAUCACAGCGAAAGGCUACGUUACCAUGGACGAGCUGGAUCUGGAAGUUUUUGCGCCCCACAAUUUCAAACUUAUGGGUGAAACGGAUACUAUCCCCUUGUUGGACUUCAUCCAGAAACCCACAUGUGAAGAGGUGUUUGAUGAAUGGCUGGAGAUCGCUCUUGCCAAUGAUCAGUACCGGGUGCCACCGAAAAUCAUUCCGCCCUCACUGACAAAGAAGUACCUCAUGAACGGGCAUGCUUAUUUGAUAGAGGAGUACCGCAGUGAUCGUCCAGAGGGACAGGAGCACGUUUGGUCACAAAUUCCAAAAUGGUUGGAGAUGCCAGAAGAUGAAUUGUACAAAAUAUCUCUUUAUGGAAAGCCAGGCAAACAGUGUACUGUACUGAUAGGACACGUAGGUAAGGCUCUCAUCUGUUUCGCUCCGUUGAAAGCCGGUGGAGUGGCUGUUUACCACGCCUUCAUGCUCCAUCCAUUGGACGGUAAAGUCGGCUUCGUUAUUGGAUCUCAAACGCCAUGGGUUGAGGUGUUCGCGUUGUUAAAUGGAGCGAAAAAGGUACUUUUUGUAUUCCAUUGA